AUGUCUGUAACCCGGGUGUCAAAGACAGGCAGUAUCCGGGAGAUAGACCUCAAGAGUUGUGGUAAGACACAGCCUAUUCCACCACUCACAGUCAUCGACAGAAACAGAACGGGUCCGGAGCAGCUGACUUCCGAGAUGUGGGCGACCAAGAUAAAGGAUAUCACCUCUCGCUUGUCCAGACCCACCAUCUCCUCCAGCCUGAAGACUAUCCAAGGACGACCUGAACUGCCGUCUGAGAGGGACUCCCAGUUCUGGAACACGAUGGCCUACUGUAGUAGUCAGUACCAGAAAAAAUUCACCGGACAGCAUCGAGCUGUUCCUACAGUUGCCGUACAAUCUCGCGGAGGCUUGGCUCCUGUGAGGAGAUACCAACCGCAGAUAGGACCUGUCAAUGCAAAGAACACAUCCGGGAACUCUCUGCCAAUGCUGUCCAAUCAAAGAGCGCCAAGCUGCCGGAACUAG